AUGGCGUCCACACCGUUCACAGUUAAGGCGCUGUUUGAAUACACCAGUGAUCAUCCCGACGAUCUGGUCUUCCAGCCCGGCCAAGUGAUCACCGUCACCGCCGUGGAGGACGAGGAAUGGUACUCGGGCAAGUACUCCGACAACGGAGUUGAGAAGGUCGGUCUUUUUCCCCAGAACUUCGUCGAAGCGUACACGCCGCCGGCUCCUGCUCGUCCCGCUGGAAGGCCCAAGCGAGAGUCCGUCAUUUUGGAGCCCAAGCGAGAGUCUGUCAUUGACCCUGACGAGUUCCAUGAUUCCAAGGAGGACGUGGAGCCCGUGAAACCCGCCGAGCACUCAAUUGGUGUCAGUAACACUCCCGCCGCUGCCUCCGCCGCUGCCGAGCCUGCCUCUGAGUCUGUUAGACAGGCCACUAACGCCAUUCCGCCCCGCAACGCCAACAACGAUGACGACGACGAUGAUGAUGACGACGAUUGGGACACCCCUCGAGGCAUGCCUGCACGAGCCGCUACCAUGGACUCUCACGAGCCCAAGCCGCUGUCCAAGACCUCGACCUUUGACCACCACCAGCCCUCCAAGGAGACACCUAAGGAAUCACAGCCUAACGCCGACAUCGAGCAGAAGGAGCUGCCUAAGGGCAAGUCGAAAACGGCAUUCCUGGACGAGGCCAACAAGGCCGCCGCCGAGCCAGUGGCUUCAGGAGCUCCCACUCCCAAGCCUAAGUCCAACGCCUUCCGAGACAGAAUCGCGGCUUUCAACAACCAGGCUGCUGAGGCUCCCAAGCCAGCUGCGCCUGCCCCAAAGCCCCGAAAGUUCGAGAUCGGCCAGACUUCGUCUUACGUUCCCCCUCUUCCAUCCAACCAGGUUCAUCCUUCUGUCGAGGCAGCCCGGUAUAAUGCUCGGAGCGAGGAGCGAAAGACAGCCGAUGCUGCUGCUGACCAACCCCAGGCCCACUCGCCUCCCCAACAACAAAAGGAGACAUACGGAGACUCCUCGAGUGAUGAAGAGGCCAAAGAAGAGGAACCAGAGGCUGUGGCCGAGGCUGAAGCACCCGGAGUGUCUCUGCGAGACCGAAUUCGACUGCUGCAAGAACAGCAGGCGGCUGAGGCAGCUCGAGCUGAGGCGGCUGCUGCUGCUAAAAAGGAGCGAAAGGCCCGAAAAGAGCAGCAGACUAAGGAGUCUCCCUCAGUGCAACCCCAGACCACGGGAGGUACUUUGGAGAGAGUUGCCACCGGCGAGUCGAUGCGAUCUCUAGAGAAGCCUCUUUCGCGACGACAGUCGAUGGACCGACGAGACUCGCUGGAUCGACGAGACUCUGUUGGUGGAGAAGUAGGACGACCUUUGUCCAUGUUGAGCCACGAGGCUGAUGUGGAUGAGGGAGUUGAGGAGGAUGAUGAUGAGGACGCUGCAACCGAGCGAACGCGUGCUCACCCUGGCGGUGUUCCUGCUGGUGCUGCGCCCGCUAUGAUGGGUGCUCCUGCUCCUGCCAUGAUGGGUGCUCCGGCCCCUGGUGGACAUGCUGCUGGAGAGGAGGAUGACGAUGACGACGAUGACGACUCUGAUUCCGACGACGAGGAGGCCCGACGAAUUGCCCUGCGUGAGCGAAUGGCCAAGCUUUCUGGUGGUGGACAUCUCGGUAUGGGUAUGAUGGGUGGCCCUCCCGGUGGAGCCUUCGCUUUCCCCGGCCAGGCCUUCCCCCAAAAGAAGGAGAAGAAGGAGAAGAAGAAGAAGGAGGUUCAUCCCGACGAGGGUGACGAAGCCGCCCCUGUUGCUUCUGCACCUACUGUCCCAGCUGAGACAGCCGAGCCUGCACAUGUCCCUACCUCUGCGCCAUUGGCUCCUCCCCACGCCACUUCUCGAGCUGCUCCUCCUGCUCCACCUACAGAGCAGCAGCACACGUCUGCACCUGUGCCCCCUGUUGCCACUUUGGUUCCUUCUCCUGGGGCACCUCCUGCUCCCAUUGAGGUCAACUCUGACUCCGAUGAGAAGGACUCCGAUGACGAGGAUGAUGAGACUGAGGUUGAGUCUAGGUCAACUCUCCCCACCUCCGCCCCCGUGGGUGGUUCUCCUGCCGUGCCCUCCGUACCUCAACAGGGCGGCCCCGUGCCUGUGACUGCUGUCCCUCCUGCUAGCCACGGCGGAGAGCCUCCUGUGCCUGUCUCUUCGGUCCCUUGUUCUCCUCCCCCCCAGGAUCAUGUCAAGGAAAGAGAACCUAAGGACGCCUUCCGAAUGAGUAGUCUGGGUAAGUCUCUGCCUCACACCGGAGACGAGACCGGAAUGGGAGACGAUGAGCACACCGAGUCGGAUGCAAGCAGCAUUUACCCCCAGCAUCCUCGUAGACAGGACUCCACCAAGCGAGGUCCUUCCGCUCUCGGUGGAGCUCCUGUUCUGCCUCUUCCGGCUCUCCAGAAGCCCAUCAGCCUUGAUGGCGUAGUUUCUGGCCAGUACUCCAGUGACGAGGUGGGAGGAUACGAUGCUGAUGAAGACACUGAUUUGAACGCCAAUCUCAGUGAGGAAGAGGAGGCCCGAGGUGUCCACCAUGGUACUAUUCCUCCCCCUAUUCCUCCCGCUGAGCGAGCUCCUCCACCAAUCCCCCAGUCUCCUGUGACCUCAGCUCCUCCUCCCAUUCCUACAUCUCCUCCUGCUUCUCGGGCUCCUCCACCAAUCCCACAGUCGCCUGAGCGAGGAGCCCCCCCUCCCCCUCCUCCAGCCACUGAGCGAUCAGCUCCUCCUCCCCCUCCCGAGCGGGCUGCAGCUCCUCCUCCUCCUCCCCCUGUCCCUGGUUCUCCCCAAGUGCCCCCUCCCAGCAUGCCUCAUCAGCACGCACCCGCGGUUCCUGGAGCUCCUGCACCCCCCGUUCCGCAUGCCGUUCCUCCUCCUCCACCCCCACAUGCCCCUGAUGCCCAUCAUGCGCCUCAGCCUCCCUCUCGAGCACCUCCACCACCGGUUCCGAACGCCUCUCCCCCCAUGCCUCGACAUGCUCCUCCCCCUCAGGCGGCUCCUGUGCCUCCUGCUCUCCAGCAUGUGCCUCCCCCACCUCAGCAUGCCCCUGCUCCCCCGGCACCUUCUGGAGCUCCUGCUCCUCCCGUGCCUACUGGAGUACCAGUUCCUCCUCCCCAUGGAACACCCCCUGGAGCUCCCGCUGGUGCACCCCCUGGUUUGUCACGUACGUCAACUUCUCGACGAAGUAGAACCUCCGUUGAUCUGCAUAGUGGCUACUUGGCCCGAGACCUCGACCUCGGAGAAAACUCCCAAUGGUGGCUGGAGCCCAAUGGCAUCCCUCCUGCUCUGCUGCAGCGAGUGAGAGCCGGUGAGGCCAUUUAUGAGAUGGAAGAUAACGAGACCCACAAGCGAGGUGGCCGAACCCAGCUGUCUCGAGACAUUUACGUGGUCUACGCAGACUAUUCUCAGACCACCAUUUCUGCCCAGUGGACCACUGAGGGUGGGGCCACCUUUGAGCAGUCUUCUACGCCUCCUCCAUCUCCUUGGCCCCAGCCCAAGCUCGAGGAGGCUCACAAGCUCAACGGUCGAAAGAUGGUAGACCUUGCUCAUCGACAAUUUGGCCAGCUAGUUGCUGAUGGUUCUCUUGCACCUCAGUGCGUGGCCUCCAUCAAGGACGCCAUGCCUUCCAUUGGAGGCCGAGCCUUUGGUGCUCUUGUCUAUGCCAACAUGGGCAAUGCGACCACCCAACAGUAUGAUGAGAUUAGAGCUGGAGACGUUGUUGUUUUCCGAAAUGCCUCUUUCUCCUCCAAGGGCGGUCUUGGCAAGAAGUCGUCUGUUGUUGAGGUUGGCGUUGCUGUGCCACACUCUGGUGUUGUCUACGAGUGGGACGGCACCAAGCGAAAGCUGCGGGUGUUUGAGCAGCAUGAGAAAGAUCUCGGCACUGGCUCUGCCAAGGUCAAACAGGAGUCUUAUCGUCUAGCUGAUCUCAAGAGCGGUGAGGUCAAGGUCUACCGAGUUGUUGGUAGAGAGUAUGUUGGAUGGGAUAACUAG